UGAACGAGCUUCAUGACCGAGCUUCAUGAACGAGCUUCAUGACCGAGCUUUAAUGAGCGAGCUUCAUGAACGAGCUUCAUGAGCGAGCUUCAUGUCUGAUUAAAGAUGAAAGGAGCCGCCGAACACACCGAGUCAGAACCGAGUAUGGAGCUUUCAUCUCUCCUUCAUGACCUUCAUCUGUCCCCCUCUUCCUCCUCAGAGAAGCCCCUCCCCUCUGCCUCCCUUCCUCCAAUCACAGAGCUCCUGUCUCGGCUGCAGGAGAAGCUGAUUGGUUCGUCCUCAGACGCUGAAACGAGCUCCCUGAUUGGUCGCGUGGAGCUUCUCUUCCAAACAGCUGAUCCUCAUUGGCUGUUCUCUCCAGCCUCCUCCAAUCGGGAUGGAGGGUGGGCGGAGCUUCAGGUGGCAUACAGCUCUGUGGUGAGCGCUCUGAUUGGCUGUGCAGCUCUGCCGCUCUGUGAGGACGACUCCGCCUCUCUGCCCGCCUCGGCCUAUCACGGCAUCCCGACCCGAGCGGCAGCGGUAUGCUCCGCCCUCACGGCGCUGCUGGGAACUCUGGGAAACGUAGGCGGACAGAGCGGCGUGCUGCUGAGUGUGUGUCCUCCCGUGUGUGUGUUCUCUGUCACACACUUCCAGGACCGGCCCUGGACAAGCCCCGCCUCCAGGGCGGCGGCUCGGAGCCUGCAGGAGGCGCUGCUGAGGGCGGGGCGCUGGAGAGACUCCGCCCACCUCCUGACGGGGGACGAGGAGAACAGAGGCAUGCUGGGAGAAAUCCUUGAUGUCCUGCAGCCUCAGCUGAGCAAGGACGUGUGGACGCGCUGUGAAGCCGUGAAGUUUGUGUUUGCGUGGACGCUGCUACAGGUGACUCGUCCCUCUCUCUCCCCUCACCUGUCUCGCCUCCUCCCCCCGUCACUCCUGCUCAAUGACCACUACAGACCAGAGAACUGCAUGCUGGGAGUCCACUGCCUGCACCACAUCGUGUUGAACACGACGCCUGCAGACCUCCGUCAGUUCAACCGAGCUGAAGUUGUUUACGAGGCGUUCUUCAAACACCUGUACACGUCAGAGGCGGCUGUCAUGCAGGCGGUGCUGCCGGGUCUGUUGGACCUGCUGGCUGUUCUGGAGAAGCCCCCCUCCUCGCUCGGCCCCUCCCCCUCACACAGGAAGCCGUGUCGCCACGACGACGUGCUGCGUCUGAUGCUGACUCACAUGGAGGCGGAGAACAAGGUGGCGCUGCGACGUGUCUAUGCCGCCGCUCUGCCACCGUACGUGGACAGGAUGGGCGUGGCCGUGUGCAGGCACCUGCGGCGGCUGGAGCGGGUGGUGCUGGGAUACCUGGAGGUCAGAGACUCACCUGAGGAGACGAGCCGGCUGAAGAUGCUCGAGGUUCUAGAGAAGAGCAUCAGGACGGCCUGGCCCCGGAUGGCGUGUCGAGUUGACGUGUUGCUGCGUUGCCUGUUGAAGUUGCUGCUGGACGUCUCCGUGGACUCCGGUCUCAGUGACUCUGUCAGACAGCAGCUGACCAAUCAGACGUCUCUCUGCAUCAAGCUGCUCGACGGCUGCUCGCAUGGCGACGUCCAGCGUCUCCUCGAGCAGAUCGACAGCAGCUGCUGCAGCCCUGAGGUGCUCUGUUGCCUGGCGACGGUAACUACGAGGACGGGGAGGUGAAGACACACCUGACACACCUGUUUCCUGUCAGACAGAGCUGAGGGCGACAGAGCGCGUGGACUGAACAUCGACGACACUGAACUGAUUUGAACUCAGAGUUUAAUUCAAAGAUGAAAAUGUGUUUUCCAUGUUUUCAUGAAGGCACCACGUGUGCUGCGUUCACUGACAGUAAAGCCAAUGCUGUGGCACAUGAUGAUGAUAGCUCGUUACUGCCCCCUGUGGUCCGUGCUGCGUCCUGCAUAAUUAAAGUGUUCUCGAACCUUU